AUGGUGCUAGUUGGAGCAUUUUUACUUUUGUUUGGCCUUGGUGCACAAGUCUCUGGCCAUGUUCGACGGCAAGCUACAAGCAACCAAGGCACGGUGGUAGCGACUGAUACUGGGGCAGCAAGCACUCCAGUAGCCACAACAACAAAUCCGCCAACGGCAAGUACAGCUGUAGCAACUACACCAUCAAUUGAACCUGCUACAACCGCAGCCUCGCCGCCUACGACCACAGCUCCGCCGCCUACAUCUGAAGCCACACCUACCACUUCAACACUUACAAGCAUAGCCUCAGUGCCUACAGCUACAACUUCACUGGUUGUAACCACGCCUACCACCGUAACUUCAAUCGCAUCAAUUACUCCAGAACCUACAUCUGUGACCACGGCGACAGCCACGACCUCAGCAGAACCUGAUUGCACACUCACAGAGACCGAGACCGAGACGAGUACGGAAUGGACAACUAUCACAUCUUUCACCACUACAACCCUUCCUCCUCCGACGGUUACAUCCACGCUCCCUCCAGAGACCAUUGUGUCUGCGACCACGCUCCCUCCAGAGACCAUAUGGACUACUAGCACUGCCCCUGCCGAAACAACUUGGACCACCAUAACUCUCCCUCCAGAGACAAGCGUGAUCACCGUCACGCAAACUUUCACUUCUUCUGCACUUGCUACCAAUGAACCGCUCGCUAGCCCCGCCACAUCCAGUUCUAUUCCAGCAUCUGUUGGCCCGACCACAACCACUGCGAGCCUUGUCUCGAGCACCAGUCUGUCCCCAACAGCCUCUGCAAGUACAACCCCUCAAAGUUCUCCUGCCGCAUCUAUUCUUCGAGUCAGACAAGAGAGUGGAACUUGCGAGAUAGUAACCGUCACGGACGUUACUGUUGUAUCCAGCACUACGGCUACUACAGCCACCAGCACCGUUCCCCCGUCGUCAACAAUCUUCAACCUUGUGCCUAACACGCCUGUCAUCUUAUCAACGACCGUGAUUCCCCCACCCACAACCGCGUCAGUGAUUGAGACCCCCCGGGUCGUCGCAACAUCGACUGUCGUCAAUGCGCCUGUACUGUUAACAACAACAACCCAGGUCACCGUGGCUGCAACAACGCAACCGCAGAAUCCAACCCCUGCACCAGUUCAGUCAACCACCCAAGUCCCUCCUGCUUCCAAUGCAACGCCGGCAAGCGCCAGCAGUGGACAAGGGCCAUCUGGAACUGGAACUGGAGCUGGAACGCAAGCACCAACACCAAGUACUACGCCAGCCGCUUCUAUAACAACGGCAUCCAGUCCGGCUUCUCCAUCAACCGCUACCCCAUCUCCCACCACAGCGGCUUCAUCGCCUACCACAGGUAGCCCAAGUGUCUCAGCCACGUCCCCCUCUUCACCCUCCGUAUCAACAUUCCGAACAACCACCACUAAUGUAGCUACAGCAGUUGUCGUGGAUGGCACCACUGUUACCGCUGGCGGUCCUCCAGUCACCAUCAACGGCACCCCAAUCAGCCUAGGCACCAGCAGUUCAGAGUUGGUGAUUGGAACAAGUACAACUGUUCUUACACUAACUCCAAGCGGUGGCAUCCAAACCAUCAUUUGCAGUGCCAUUGGAGGUUGCACAAGUACGGCUCCCCCCACGUUGCAGACCUUUGUAGGUGGUGCCCAAAUGGUACGGUACAAUCCGGUGAAUACGCCGUGGGCGCUGGGCUGGGUGAUUCCGUGGAUUUUGUUUGCCUAG